AUGGCAAUCGACACCACCCCCUACCAGCAGCACCAGCACACAUCGCCGCCCGCGCCAGCGCUUGCACCGCCGCCGCCCACCGCCGCUGCCCCGGCGCCCCCCCGCGCGCAGCCGCCGUUGCCGCCAUCCUCUGACGACGCGACCGACUCCGCUGCCGCGCCCGGCGCCGCGCCCGCGCCGGCGCCCGCGCAGCCGCUGCUGCGGGGCGCCGGCGUGCCGUUUGGGAACGUGCCGAGGCCGCCGUCGCGCGCCGCGCUGCGGGCGCUGCUGGGGCGGUCGUACCACCAGCUCGGAAUGUCGCGGCCCCUGGCUGAGAGCGACCUGGCGGCCCUUGAGUGCGCCGCGGGCUUCCGCGGCCCCGAGGCUGAGGGGCCGGCGGGCGCCGCCGCGGCCGAGGAAGCGGCAGGCGAGGCAGCGGCGGCGGCGGCGGCGCAGGCGGAGUGGGAGCGGUUUUUGGCCGUUUGGGUCCAAACGCUCAGCCUGCUGAGGCUGAUCCAAAAGGGGAGCGGGGCUCAGCUUUGUCGCCGCAGCUGA